UGAGAACACGAGGACAAAAGCAUAAAAAUCACGGAAACGGGUUUGUGCGGCGGAGGACGGCAAUGGCGGGAGAGAGCCGGAGAGCUCGAGCUCUUUUCAUGGCGUUCGGGACCAAGGGAGACGUCCUUCCCAUUGCCGCAAUCGCCGCUGCUCUUGCGCGCGAUCAAUUGCAGUAUCAAGUGCUAUUGAUCACUCACUUGGCUCAUCGGAGCAUUUCCGAUCGUUUGGAAGGUAUUGGCGUGUCCUUUGUUCCGAUCUCAUCGCCCCCUGUUGUUCCUGCUGCUGUUCUGGAUGAUUCUGAGAGUCUGUCUUUCUCUACGCGCAAGAGGGUCAUUCGGGAUGAACAUAGGAAAGAGUGUUGCUUUGCGAUGGAGAGAGUUUUUGGAGAUGGCCCAAGCUUGGAGGGUGACUUUAUUGUUAUCAAUUUGUUUGCUUUGGAAGGAUGGAGCCUGGCUGAAUUGUUUCAAGUUCGCUGUGUUGUUGCUGCUCCUUAUGUUGUUCCUUAUAGUGCCCCAUCAUCAUUUGAGCACCGAUUCAGACAGGAACUUCCACUUCUCUACAAGUAUUUUCAAGAAGCUCCUGCUAACAAGGUUUGCUGGAAUGAUGUGAUGCAUUGGAUGUGGCCACUUUUUACAGAAGAGUGGGGUUCAUGGAGAAGUGAUUGCCUGAACCUGAGCCCGUUUCCUUUCACUGAUCCAGUUACCAAUCUUCCCAUGUGGCAUGUACGGGAAGAGUCUCCAUUACUGCUGUAUGGUUUCAGCAAGGAAAUUGUUGAAUGCCCAGGUUACUGGCCAUCAAAUAGUCGAGUGUGUGGUUUCUGGUUUCUGCCCAUGGAGUGGCAAUUUUCAUGUGAUAAAUGUAGGGAAAUAAUUUUCUCAAAUCCAUCUAGCUAUAAAUUAUGUGUAAACCAUGCUGAUUUACAAAAUUUUAUCCUGGAGCCAUCUGGUCCAUGCAAACCGAUAUUUGUGGGCCUCAGUUCUAUUGGAAGCAUGGGUUAUCUUACAAAUCCCCGAGCAUUUCUCUUGGUGCUCAAAGCUGUUGUAGAGAUCACAAAUCACAAAAUUGUUCUUUUUUCGGCUGGAUAUGAGCCUUUGGAUGCUUUGAUUAGAUCACUAACUGGGUCAUCAAGUGAACAGGAACAAUUGAAAGGCAGUGAAGAUGGCAUUUCCCUAUUCAACAAUCGGCUCUUUUGUUUUUCUGGUUGCAUACCCUAUAGCUGGAUCUUUCCCAAGUGUGCUGUUGCAAUACAUCAUGGAGGCAGUGGAUCUACUGCUGCAGCUCUGCAUGCUGGAAUUCCUCAGAUAUUAUGCCCAUUCCUGCUAGAUCAGUUUUACUGGGCGGAAAGGCUUUGCUGGUUAGGAGUUGCACCCACACCUCUCCAAAAGCAACAUCUGGUUCCAGACAGCGAUGAUGCUCAAAGCAUUCAGCUUGCUGCGGAUGCCCUAUCCAAGGCCGUCACAACUGCCUUAUCCCGUGAAAUAAAAGAUCAAGCAACUAUAAUUGCCCGGAGAAUAUCUGCAGGAGGAUGGAGUCAGAGAAGUUAUUAAAGUUUUAAAGGAAGUAGUCAUUUGUUCUGGAGAGCAAAAAAGCUGAUAUGAAUUUGAUUUGCUCCGGCGAACCCAUAUGGAUAUGAAAAUGCCGAUCAUUUGCUUGCUUAUAAUCCUUACAAAAGGAGACCGCUUUUUCCUGCGUAUCAUAUCAUCAAGGUUAAGCUCGGCGAACAAGCUCAUCUCCGA